AUGCUGAAGAUCAUUGAGCAAUACAUCGGAAACUUACUCGAGAAACCAGAAACACAUAAACCAACAAUCGCACAAGAACUCAGCGACACGCGUAUGGAGUCGAAGCGAGCACUUUAUUUCAAUAUCUUAAAGAAUACCCUCGAUUUGCUGAAUAUCAAAAACAAAGGAUACACACAAGUCUUCAUGAGUCAACUUGCAAAUGAUAUGAAACGAAUGGAACCGUAUCAAACCCUUCCAUUACUCAAACAAGAAACUCUUUUGUUAACAAAUAUCGUGAAUGACAUCGGGUACAGAUUUAACUCGGACGAUUGCCUCCAAAAGGUCGUGAAAACUCAAAGCUUGGUAAGAGGAGCUUUGUAUCACAAAAGGUAUAUCACUCACAAAACUUUCAAUGCGCCAAAAUUUCAACAAUACAAUUCGGCAUUUUUGAAUCUGUGCGACAAACAAAACCAUUACGUCGAUAAUAUUAAAACACUCGUCUACUACUUCGACGAACUCAGAGCUCAACCACAAUUUUCUCUGUUAAAUGAAUACCCAUACAAAGACUAUAAUAUAACACUUAAUGCGAUAUUGGAUAUCGAGUCGGGUCUUAAAAAUGGAUUGACUGAUGUCAACGGGACUUUUCCAAAGGUCUCUGGUGUUGGGGAAGUUGUUUUGAAAUACUGUGAAAAAGCUCAAGACAUAUACAAAGAAUUGUCGUUACAAGGCGCAGUUGUCAUGGCGCUCUCUGCUUUUGAAAAGAAAAACAAAGAAUUCAAAGAAGCCGAAGCGAUGCUUUCUAAAGGCCAAGUGUAUCCUUUCCGUUAUUUGCUUCAGAGUUUUCCACGCAAUCAACACAUCGCCCAACUCAUUUCGAUGAUCGAGACGAUGCGCGUUGAAGCGAAAAAGCUUCCUGAAUAUUCAAAAGAGAACGAACCUCUUCAAAAGUGUGAGGACCAACUGAAAAAGAUCAACACGUUAAUUAGUGACACUGUCGCUUUAGAAGCACAGAUGCAAAAGAAAGACGCCGAAGUUGAAAUCUCUUUCCAAAACCCUGAAUUUUCCGCUCUGUUGAUGAAGGUGAAAAAAGAAUUCACAAAGACACCCUCCGUUGUCGAAGUCUAUUUAAAACUUGGUCUUGACAUUUCCGAUAUUGAGAAAAAAAGAUUUUUAAAGGAACGUCGUGUGACGGUCGAGGUCCAUCCAAACAUCAAUCUCUUCCCACCAAACCUUAAAACGUCGCCUCAAAACAGUUCGAAUCUCUCGUUGUCGACUGGCGGACAAGCCGAAAAAAAAGUUGGGAAUUCGUUGCGGCCGAAAAUCACGAAACGGACGGAGCGACAGAAAGCGGAGGCCAAAGCAAAGGCGACGGGUGAAUUAAAGAAGGAAAUUGAAAUUCUGACAAACACCGAUUUGGAGGGCAUGAAAUUUGAAGCGACACUUUUUGUGAUGAACGAUGUGAUCUUUGUCGGGAAAAUGGAUAAGAGUGAACAGUACCAUGUCCUUUGUGAAAUCCCAAUGAAUGGGUCCGGCUUCUCAGUGUCAAAUUAUCAGCAGAACAAAUUCAAUAUGGGGUCUCGAGUCGUUGAUUUCACUAUGUCCCUCUAUAAUAAUAACACUACCGACGCUAGAGAACUCUUCUUGUUACUUAGAGAAGUCUUCUUUGUCUUUACCCCUCCAAAAAUCUUCGGCGCGUCUCUCGACGACAUUUUGGAGAAAGAAGGAAACACUACAGGAAUUCCCUUCUGUAUCAAAUCACUCGGUGACUAUUUGCUCGAACCAAAUAAUAUUCAACUCGAGGGGUUGUUCAGAAAAAGUCCGUCGCAAGACAAGGUCAGUCAACUCAGACAUAUAUUGGACCAAAUGCCCGAUAAGGUCACUUCACUGGUCGAGUACUCACCACACGACAUCGCUUCGACAUUCAAAAAGUUCUUUAAUGAGCUCGAAAUGCCGUUGUUCGCACCAGAAAUAGUCGAGAAACUCCUCGGGUUUUUGAAACAAAUCGAUGAAGCCCCUGAAGACCCAGAUAGCGUCAAAGAAAAUAAAGAAAACAUCAAAAAGACUAUGAAGGACGAUAUGAAGCCAAUGUACUUUAAGUUGACAAACUUCCUCGCUAAGGUGUUGAAACUCACGUGCGACAACGAAAAAGUCACGCUGAUGAGCCCAAAGGCAAUUUCUAUUUGUGUCGGACCGACGAUUUUCAGAAUGUCCGUUGGAAACACUGAAAACGACAAGGACAAUGGAACAGCUGCCGUGGCUGACACACAACUCGCAAACAAACUCCUUGAACUCCUCAUCACCGAUUACACAUUUUUCUUUGGAUGA